CUUUAUCAGCCAUUAUUUCAUCUAUUGUCUUCAUCAGCCUUAUAUCAUAUUGGUACUUCCAAAUCUCAUCUAAUGUCUCUUUAGUCGCCUACCUCGUCAGCAUCAUUUUGUUACUAUGGCCAGGAAAGGUUUUCCAUUAAUGAAUUAUUGUUGUACUAUGUUAGAAUGUUGGGCAGAGCGUUUACACCUAAUCUUUUAGCUCCUGUAUUUUUCUCUGAUGUCAUUCUAGCAGAUAUGCUAACCAGUUUUUCAAAUGUAUUUGGAGAUCUAUUCAUCGCCUUUUGCGUCCUAUUUACUGGAAAAGACGCAGCUUUCUUUAUAGACAAUGUAGAUAAUAUAUAUUCUAGAGACUAUAUCGUACCCUUACUAAUUAGUUUCCCAUAUUUGAUCCGAUUGAAACAAUGUAUAGCAGAAUAUAUUGUAACAAAAGAAAAACGGCACAUUUUCAACUCCCUGAAAUACGCAUCAUCGAUACCAGUUGUCAUUUCUUCUGCAUUGCACAGAAAAGCAAUGAUCUACGUUAGUGAAGCAGGCACAGUUCCUACACAUUGGUUUAUGAGCCACGAUACGAUUUUUCAUUUUUGGAUUCUGUUUGUAUUCAUAAAUUCAAUGUAUUCAUUUUGGUGGGAUAUUUCCAUGGACUGGAACCUAAUCAAUGUGUCCAAGAGUCAGCCACCUGUGAUGGAAGAUAUACCACAAAGUUCUACACCCAGCAUUCAUUUCAGACGACAAUUGUAUUUUUCCCAACCUAUUUGGUACAUUCUCGCUAUAAUCAUCGAUUUCUUACUCAGAGUCACUUGGAGUUUCAAACUGAGCUCUCAUAUUUACAUACAAAAGUUGAACGGAAGUAUGUUCCUAAUGGAAUUAUUUGAAGUUUCGCGACGCUGGAUGUGGGUUAUUUUCAGAAUAGAAAGUGAAUGGGUUAGGAAAGUAUAUACAACGUUACCCAGUAGCAACAAUAACAGCAAUUCACUUCGAAUGAAUUUAAUGCGCAGAAAAUCAGCCGGCUUGCUUUCACCAAUUGAUGAAGAAGAUUCUUCGUGACUCGUUAAAUUAAACAACAACAACAAUAGACUUUUAGAUCUUUUGACAUUUACCUGCAUCCCCAU